CGGGGCGGGGAGCUGAGCCGGCGCAGGGACCGCCCUCCUCGCCUCUCCUCCGGCGGCCGAGCUGGGCAGCGGCGAGGAGUUUGCGCUGCUCGUGUUGCUGCUGCCCGGGCGGCCAGCGCCAUGGACUCGGACUCGGGCGAGCUGAGCGACGGCGAGCUGGUGCCGGUGGCCGGUCCUGACAGUUUUAGUUCAAAGAGUCUUGCGCUGCAAGCCCAGAAAAAGAUCUUGAGCAAAAUGGCGACCAAGACUAUGGCUAACAUGUUAAUUGAUGACACGAGCAGUGAAAUCUUUGAUGAGCUGUACAAGGUGACGAUAGAGCACAUGAAAAACAAGAAAGAAGCCCACAAAAUCAUGAAGGACUUAAUCAAAGUCGCCAUUAAAAUCGGAAUCCUCUACCGCAACAACCAGUUCAACCACGAAGAGCUGGAGCUUGUUGAGAAGUUCCGCAAGAAGCUGAACCAAGCGGCCAUGACUAUUGUCAGCUUCUACGAGGUGGAGUACACGUUUGACAAAAAUGUACUUUCGGGACUCCUGCAUGAAUGCAAGGACCUGGUGCACGAACUGGUGGAACGGCACCUGACAGCCAGGUCUCACGCUCGAAUCAACCAUGUCUUCAACCAUUUUGCAGACGUGGCGUUCCUGACCGCCCUUUAUAGCCUUGACGGGGAAUGCCGCCCACACCUCAAAAAGAUCUGUGAUGGAAUCAACAAACUACUUGAUGAGAAAAUCCUUUGAAACUUUGCUUUUUAAAUAUGUAUGUCAGAAAGACUUGCAACGGAGAAGGUGGAUCAGAAACACAAGAACAGACUUCCUUUCUGUAAUUUCAAAAUGGAACACCCAUAUUCCGGAUCACACAGCAUUGUUUGUACACGGAAAACGAGACAGAAAACCAGUCACACGGAGUCCUUGUCCCCAAAUAACCUUUUGGGAUGCAGGGCAAUUUGUUAUGUAAAAUCAUAAUGUAUCAUGACCUCCUUACUGCCAUGCUGGGGUUAGAGUUUGAUGCCUCUUCCUAACCUCCUGUCCCAAAAGCCUGACAUCUGUGUCAAAUAUUAAAAGAGCCUGGGUAUAUCUUGAAGAAUGGAUCCAUACAGUCUUGACGAAGAGGGGGCCCCUGAAUGUCCUCAAAAUGGCAGACCACCUGCUGUUCACAUGAUCCAGGAAUGAAAAUAAUGUAGGCCAGAUACAACAGAAGCACAAAAGGAUGGUUUUUAAAGGCUUUUUUUGUUUUCUACAGAAGAAUACUAAAAGGCGAGCACCAGUUAAGAUGGUAUGGCUUGUUCUUCCCAGCCUUUCUGCAUUGCCCAAGCUAUUCUCUUAUUACCGGUUUAAGCCCCACUGCCAACAGGAGUUCAACCCAGAGAUCGAACAGGAGGACUGGAGAUUCAGCUAUUAGAAUAGCUCUCCAUGGGAGCCCUGAUGUUUUUCUGCUGCAGCCUCAAUUGCACCAUGAGAUGGGCAGCUUCCAUGCCGGCAAAUAAUUUAAGGGCACCCUUAAAUCAUACAUAGUAUGCUGGGAUUCAUUUGUGAACGUAGAACAAAAAUCCAAGAUGAAGCUGGAAAGCAAAGAGGAUGCUUGCGGUUUGUUAACAGAUAAAGUGAAGCAGCAGCACCACCAAGAUUUUAACUUUCUUAUUCCAUUGUUUUUCAAAGAAGCAUUGCUAAAUAGGAUUAGUAUCAGGCUGGGGGGGGGGGGAUAUCCCUGGUUGAUCUGGAGCCAGUCAUAUAUACACAGUAAACCUCACCUGCAUCACCAGGUAGACUGGAGGUCUGCAGAGAUCUAUUUACACCACCCUAUGCUCCUCAAAGGGAAGGCAUGACAAAAAUACAGCUGAAGCCCUUGAAAUUAAUAGAUCCUUCACACAUUAACGCAAGAGUUUUCCUUCCUUCCACAGUUAAUCCAGCCUGGGGUAACAUAGGUUCUUCACACUGGUGUUCUGGGAUCAUAUCAAACACUUUGGUGUGAUUCUUAAUUUAAAGAGAUUUACUGAAGGUAAUAAUGCACCUUUGGUAGCACAAAACCUGUAGUAACCACUGUUGUCGAGAGUAGAACAUUAGUACGGGUAUUUCUCGAUUAAGCCCACAUUCUACAGCUGUCUCAAGUCAACUCUGAAGAUUAGCAGAGUUCAUAAUGUAGUCAGUUCCCUGCUGGUAAGUUUGACUUGUUGACAGUCACUUGGUUUGGGUGUCCCUCAGUUUGCCACUUUUGCUUCUGGGUGGAAUCCCUGGAUAAUAUACUACAGGUUAGAGCAACUGUUUGCUAAAAUGGGGGAAUGCAAAGCAUUAGAAAGGAUUAAAUCUCGCCUAUUCAGAUACAGGGGCUGAUUCCGCACUAACCUUGCUCUGCACCAGGAUUCCAUUUCUUUCUGCAGCAAGCUGGCAAUUUCGCACCAGUUGCUCCGCACCGCCAUUUUGCACGGGGAAAACCCACAAUUUGCCAUGCUGCAGCGUAAACCUGGUUUUUUAAGGUUUACACUGUGGCAUGGCAAAUUACAGGUUUUCCCCACGCAAAAUGGCGGCGUGGAGUAAGAGGUGCGAAAUCACCAGCUUGCUCCAGAGAAAACCGAAAGCCUGGCACGGAACAAGGUUAGUGCAGAAUCAGCCAGUGCCUUUCAGUAAGAUAGUUUUCUACAGACGUCAAAGCAGAAAGGAAGGGCGUUCCAGACAGAAAGCACAAGACAAGAGGAGAGUCUGCUUUAUUAUCUUGCGCACAUUGCUAAUUAUUUUAGGAAACAGCCAAAUGUCUUGUCACUUUUAUUUAUAAAACUGCGGCAGCCUUAAAAAAAUGAGGAGCAAGUAUUAUGCAUUGCUCGUAUUGGUAUAUGCUGUACAUUCAUUGUUUACUUUUAUAUUAGUACAUAAACACGGUAAAGCAUUCUGUUCCAAAAUAUCGGUAGUAUCAGUCAGCUACAAAAUGUGUGUUGUAUUAUAAAUUAUACAUUAAAUGAUUUGUGAUUCAACA